CAGCGCGGAGCAAAUCCAGAACCUGGCUCAAUUGCUGCUGCUCUGGAGGGCAAGUCCGUUUGGCGUGCGUCGUGGGCGCGACUCUUGGGCGAACUUGUGCGCCUCGAAGAGGACGUCAUGCUCAUCUCCCUGCGGCGAGGACCCACCUCGCGCUUCCUCGACCAAGCUGAGGAGGAGGCCAUAGCCGCAGCGCUGAGCGCCCGCCAGUCCACCGCCGAUCCCCACCAGCUGUUGCGGGUGUACUGCAAGUUUUGCCUUCUGUCGCGCUACCCAUCGCUCGCCGAUGCCGCCGUCGAGCGCAUGGUGCAGGAGUCUGCCACUGACGAGAAUGUUCCGUGGGUGGACGCCGAGCUGCUGGCCACAAUCGUCGCGUCGCCUCACCUGCCUCGCUUCACAACCACCCCCUACUUCCCGCACCUCACCCGCCACCUUCUUCGCGAAGGCGCGGCGUCGACGCUGGCCCUCGCUGCGUCGUCGCUGUGCAUCGCCCGACAGCACUUGUGUGCCGCGGCUCUGGUGGGCCGCGCGCUGGCCCUGGCGACUCCUCUCCGCACGGCCCACAACGCGCUGGCUCUCCUCGCCCGCUUCCUCCGAUCCCACGCCACCACCGAUGCCACCUGCGCCGCCGCUCUCCACCAGCUGUCGAGCGACUGCCCACCUCCCCCGGCCAUCGCUGGCCAGCCAUGA